UUGCCCGGGAUGCGGGAAGGUUCCUCCGCUGCCGCCGCCUCUGCCUCGCCUGCCACCCGGGUUUGUAUGAAAACACCCGGCGGCGGGCGGCGAGGAGUCCACCGUGUGUCCACAGAGCUGCCGCCUGCAUUGCCUCGCCGAGCCUGGUGGUGCGGUUUGGCCCACUCCCUGCCAGCUCCCCCUCCUAAGCUGAUUAUCUGCAAUGGUGAAAUAAAGUAACUCAAGAUGAGCAAGUUAAAAGGGGUAUCAGAGAAAAGCCUUAACAAUAACUCUCGGAUUGUCGGACUCUUGGCUCAGCUGGAGAAGAUCAAUGCUGAUUCUGCAGAAUCAGACACUGCCAGAUAUGUCACAUCAAAAAUUCUUCAUCUGGCUCAAAGUCAAGAAAAAACAAGGAGAGAAAUGACAGCCAAAGGUUCUACAGGAGUGGAAAUUCUAUUGUCAACAUUAGAGAACACGAAAGAUCUUCAAACCACACUUAAUAUCCUAAGCAUUCUUGUUGAGCUGAUGUCAGCCGGUGGAGGUCGAAGAGCUAGUUUCUUAGUUGCCAGAGGUGGUUCACAAAUCUUGUUACAGUUACUAAUGAAUGCCAGCAAAGACUGUCCCCUGCACGAGGAGUUAAUGGUGCAGAUUCAUUCUAUUCUUGCAAAGAUUGGACCGAAAGACAAAAAAUUUGGAGUGAAAGCUAGAAUUAAUGGAGUUCUGAAUAUAACCCUGAAUUUGGUCAAACAGAAUUUGCAGAAUCAUCGCUUGGUUUUGCCUUGUCUUCAGCUUUUACGAGUAUAUUCUGCAAACUCUGUGAAUUCAGUAUUCUUAGGGAAAAAUGGAGUUGUGGAACUGAUGUUUAAAAUCAUUGGGCCAUUUAGUAAGAAGAAUUCGGGUCUUAUGAAGGUUGCUUUAGACACUCUUGCUGCAUUGCUAAAAUCAAAAACAAAUGCCAGGAGAGCUGUAGACAGAGGAUAUGUCCAAGUGCUUUUAACAAUUUAUGUAGAUUGGCACCGCCAUGAUAGUCGGCACAGGAACAUGCUCAUUCGGAAAGGCAUUUUACAGAGUUUAAAAAACGUAACAAACAUCAAGCUGGGAAGAAAAGCCUUUAUUGAUGCCAAUGGGAUGAAAAUUCUCUAUAACACUUCGCAAGAAUGUUUGGCAGUCAGGACGCUUGAUCCUCUUGUCAACACCUCCAGUCUGAUAAUGAGGAAGUGUUUCCCUAAAAAUCGCCUUCCACUCCCAACGAUUAAAAGUUGUUUCCAUUUCCAGUUGCCUAUUAUUCCUGUGGCUGGACCUGUGGCUCAGCUCUACAGCUUACCCCCUGAAGGACUGUUUUUUCUUUCUUCAUUUUAUCCUCAACAUCCAUUAGAUUGCAUGAGACAUAUGGAUGACGUAGUAGAUGAAAGUGAUGACAACGAUGAUACUGAUUUAGAAGCUGAAAAUGAAACUGAAAAUGAGGAUGACCUAGAUCACAAUUUUAAGAAUGAUGAUAUUGAAACAGAUAUUAACAAACUAAAGCCUCAGCAAGAACCAGGACGAAAGAUAGAAGAACUUAAAAUGUAUGAACACCUUUUCCCUGAGCUUGUUGAUGAUUUUCAGGACUAUGACUUAAUCUCCAAAGAACCAAAGCCUUUAAUAUUUGAGGGGAAAGUGCGUGGUCCUAUUGUUGUCCCCACAGCAGGAGAGGAAGCAACCGGGAACUCGGGCAGUUUUCGAAGAGGAGUCGCAAUGAAGGUGAAAGUGUCUCCCAAAGGGGACGAAGGUGAUAAGAAACCUGCCUUUAUGGACCUGACAAAAGAAGAUAUGCACGCAAAUGACAGAACAUUACAACAGCAGCUAGGUGAUCAAAAUAGAACUAUUUCAUCUGUCCAUGGCUUCAACAGUGAUAUUGUGAAGGCCUUGGACCGAAUUACAUUACAGAAUAUUCCUUCUCAAACAGCUCCGGGUUGUACUGCAGGAACGAAGAAGGACUACAGCCUUCCUCUUACCGUCCUUACCUGCCCCAGAGCAUGUCCGCACAUGGCUGCUUGUGGAAAUGUCCUGUUUGAGGGAAGGACGGUUCAGCUAGGGAAGCUUUGCUGCACUGGAGUCGAAACUGAGGAUGACGAAGAUACUGAGUCGACUUCAUCAGUGGAACAAGCGUCAGUUGAAGUCUCCGAUGGACCAACCCUCCACGACUCAGAUCUCUAUAUUGAGAUUGUGAAAAAUACAAAGUCUGUCCCAGAAUAUUCAGAGGUGGCUUAUCCUGAUUAUUUUGGUCACAUUCCACCUCCGUUCAAAGAGCCUAUUUUAGAAAGGCCUUAUGGUGUACAAAGGACAAAAAUUGCCCAAGAUAUUGAGAGGCUAAUACAUCAGAGUGAUAUCAUAGAUCGAGUGGUAUAUGACUUAGAUACCCCAAAUUACACCAUUCCAGAAGAUGGCGAUAUUUUGAAGUUUAACUCCAAAUUUGAAUCUGGGAAUCUGCGCAAAGUAAUUCAAAUUAGAAAAAAUGAGUAUGACCUUAUCCUGAACUCGGAUAUAAAUAGUAAUCACUAUCACCAGUGGUUUUACUUUGAAGUCAGUGGGAUGCGACCAGGUGUUGCUUACAGGUUUAACAUCAUUAACUGUGAAAAGUCCAACAGCCAGUUUAAUUAUGGUAUGCAGCCGCUCAUGUAUUCAGUCCAGGAAGCACUAAACGCCAGACCGUGGUGGACUCGUGUGGGGACGGACAUUUGCUACUAUAAAAAUCACUUCUCAAGAAGCUCAGUUGCUGCAGGUGGGCAAAAGGGAAAAUCCUACUAUACAAUUACAUUCACUGUCAGUUUUCCACAUAAAGAUGAUGUUUGCUACUUUGCUUAUCACUAUCCAUAUACAUAUUCGACUUUACAGAUGCAUCUUCAAAAAUUGGAAUCGGCACACAACCCUCAGCAAAUCUAUUUUCGAAAAGACGUGCUAUGUGAAACCCUGUCUGGGAACAGCUGUCCUUUGGUGACUAUAACAGCAAUGCCAGAAUCUAAUUAUUAUGAACACAUCUGUCAGUUCAGAAAUCGCCCUUACGUGUUCCUAUCCGCUCGGGUCCAUCCUGGAGAAACAAACGCGAGUUGGGUGAUGAAAGGAACCCUGGAGUACCUCAUGAGUAGCCACCCGACGGCCCAGAGCUUACGGGAGUGCUACAUCUUUAAAAUUGUCCCCAUGCUAAAUCCAGACGGUGUCAUCAACGGAAACCACCGCUGUUCUCUGAGUGGAGAGGACCUGAACAGACAGUGGCAGAGUCCGAGUCCAGACCUGCACCCUACAAUUUACCACACCAAGGGGCUGCUGCAGUACCUGGCUGCAGUGAAGCGCAUACCGCUGGUUUAUUGUGACUAUCAUGGCCACUCCCGAAAGAAGAAUGUGUUCAUGUACGGCUGCAGCAUCAAAGAGACAGUGUGGCACACCAGCGCGAACGCGGCCUCCUGUGAUGUGGUGGAGGACGUGGGAUACAGGACUUUGCCUAAGAUACUGAGCCAUAUUGCGCCAGCAUUUUGCAUGAGCAGCUGUAGCUUCGUAGUGGAGAAGUCUAAAGAGUCCACAGCACGCGUGGUGGUUUGGAGGGAGAUAGGAGUACAGAGGAGCUACACCAUGGAGAGCACUUUGUGUGGCUGUGACCAGGGAAAAUAUAAGGGCUUACAGAUUGGUACUCGAGAACUGGAAGAGAUGGGAGCAAAAUUCUGUGUUGGUCUGUUGCGUUUGAAAAGGCUGACAUCCCCAUUGGAAUAUAAUAUGCCUUCCAGCCUGCUUGACUUUGAACAUGACUUGAUUGACUCGAGCUGCAAAGUCACUAGAAUGUGGGCACUUGAACAGAGUGAAUGAAUUGGAUUUCAUAUAAAAAGAUACAUUUUAAAAUCUGAAGGAUGAUAAUUUGUAUUUAAUGUAGAAAGAAGGGUGUCCAGUGCAUAACCACCUUUGUUAACCUUUAUUUGCUCAUCCUGAAGAUCUACACAAGAUGAAAACAAAAAACCCCUAUCACUUAUGCUAAAAUCCAGAUCACUGAUAGCACAGAAUGGACAUAGUGUGCUUGUUUCUCAAAUAUUCAUUCUCCCCCUUGUCCAAGCCACUGUUUAAGAUAUGUGUGUCUGAGGCCACCAGCUGCUGGGGGGAAGCACGUGGCCUGGGCUGGUCAGUCAGCUCGUUGUAUCUGCUGGUCUGGAGUUGGCCCAUGGUCAAGUCCAUCCAAGAACGAAUGUAUGUCAGGACUUUUAAAGGUGAUGCUAGAACAGAGGUCCCUCCUGGGAAAGGAAGGGUGGAGCUGCUGGUGGCCACCAGGCGUCCUUGAAUGAAGAGCACUUCUGAGAAGAGCCAACAUUGAAGGAGCAGAGUCAGGACAUCAAGAAACACCGGGUCCCCAUGUCACACAGUAAGUGGAACCUUGGACUGCAUCAGUUAUAUGGACUUACAGAUCGCUCUCAUUGUUUAGACUAUUCAACUGGAUUUCUGUUAUUGGAAAAGACAUGUCUGUUACACAGGUUUGUAUGUCUGAAACCUGUCUGAAAAGCCAGCAACCUUCCGUGUCCGUCCCUGAGGGGUGGCUCCACCCAUAGCACAUGUUCUGAGAGUUCUUUUACCCAAAGGGGCACUGUGAGAAGGCAAAAACAUCAAGUCUCCACUCAGACAUGUCGAACAAACUAAUCUUUCUUUUGUAUCGGAACAGUUGACUGGGCUAGAAGUGAACCAUAUUUUUGCUGUUGCCUGCUCAAAACUCGGGGGCUCCAGUCCUGCAGCUGUCAGUGCUCUCAGAGAUAAUAUUGUUCCCAGAGUGGACUUCUCAGCGUCUUGAAAGUUUGUUCUCUCCGGUGGUAAUGGAGGACGCAAGUGGUGUGCACUGAAAACGAGGACAUCUUUACUGUUGCAUCAUAGCCACAGGUUGUCCCAGAGAGCAAGCUGAGAGCGACCAGAGACCCCUUUGUUGAGUUGCAGUUGGUCUCAUUGUAGACCAGUGAGCAAAAACAACGGGAUGACGUUUAGGUAUUUUUCAGUUACCAAUUUCAAAGCUACUUCCAUCUACCCACUGGUGAGAGCUGCAAAUCCCUGCCUUUCAUUCACACAAGAUUCAUAGAUAGAGAGCAUUUAAAUAGCUCUUUACGAUUCAAGAAGCGCUUUCCUAUAAGUUACUUGAGCAUCUCGGAAACACUAUUAAUAAACAUAUCAUUAGCAUUUCCAUUUAAUUUGUGAGAAAUGUGAGGCUUGGACUGGCCACCUCAUUUACUUGGACUUGCUAGUGGGCCACAGAGGUGGGGCUCAGACCCCAGCUUGCAGCCCCUCGUCUGAUGACCCUGUGCCUCCUCACAGCAGCGGAGUGCUGGCUGGGGCCACCUCUGCAGUGAGUCAGCUCAGCCAGCCUUGUAGAAACGGUUUGGUGAUUGGACAAGCGUGCACCUGUUUCAUCACCACAUACCACAAAUAGAGUCCCUAAGGAAGGUGGGGGGAGCUAAACCCCACCAACCACAUCUAGUGUGUUAAGCACUCUCCUGAGUGCUUUCUGAGAAUGGUCUCGAUGGAAACAUUUUCUCUUUGGCCUAUGGAGUGAUUCUCAUAUUUUCUAAAUAAGUAUUUCUAUGGGUGGUUAGGAGGAAGGCAGUACAUCCAGUGUUUAUUUCUAACCAGUUAAUUUUUUUUUUAAAAAGGAAAGAGACCCUUGGGUCUUUUUAUUUGAUGUUUAACAAAAUAGGUAAUGGUUUAGUGCAAACCUUUUCCUCUGUCUUUUCUGCUUUCAAUUAAGGUUUGGAAAGGCUGCGUUUGUAUCUGUGAUGCGGGGGUUGGGGAGACAUGUCUCAUGUACAUUUGUCUCACAGACUUAACCUAAAGUAACUUUUCACUUCAUUUUCUUUAAGGAAUUUAUGUUUCCACUGAAGAGACAGUUUAUUCUUUAGCUUCAUUAUCACUUUAACUGGCAGGGCCAAAAAGUAAGUCUUAGAAAUAAGCCCAUAAAUUACCCAUUUUUCUAGACUUACAUUUUAGAGGAAUAGAAUUUUUUAUGAUGCAAAAUAAGGAUAAGGUGACUGAAACACUCCAACUUCAGCUUGUGAUCAAAACUGUUAGUAAAAUUUUUAUAGACUUUGUAUUUAUUGGUUGAUUGUGCUCAUUAGCUUGUAUCGUCCUCUGAGCCCUGUAAUUCUGAGGGUGUGAGUGCGGUAGUUACGAACCGGAGAGCUGGGCCCCUGCCUCUGUGACCGUUUGGACAAGUGCCCCCUGGCCUGCCCUGUAGAAGACACCUGUUGUGGAGAUUCUUAGGGCUGGUGUGUCUGGCUGAACAAGGAGGGGAGCGCUGGGACCCUAAUGGCUUUACUUCUAGUUAAUGUGAUGUGAGAGGUUUCACUGUAUCUUUAUAGAGAAGUCCAUCAAAUUUACAAAACUUUUUUUAAUCCUCACCCAAGGGCAUGUUCAUUGAUUUUAGAGAGAGAAGGAGGGAAAAAGAGAGGGAAAGAAAGGGAGGGGCUGGGAAGAGAGACAGAGAAACAUCCAUGUGACAAAGAAACAUUGAUCAGUUGCCUCCCAUACAUGCCCUGACUGGGGAUUGAACCCGCAACCCUCUUGGUGUAUAAGAUGAUGCUCCAACUAUGAGAAACCGAGCCAUUGGGCCAGGGCUACAAAACUCUGUUGUCAGAUUACUCCUAAGCAGGCCAGUCUGUUCACUACUCAGAGUGAAUAAAAUCAUGACUUUUGGCUUUGAUGAUAAGAAAGGCUGGCAUUUAGAGAGUGCCUGCCUGCUGUGCUGCAGGCAUUGAUCCGUGUGCUUUUUAUAUGUCUCUUUUAAUCGUCACACCAACACUGGGUUAGAUAGUAUCAGCCCCAUUUUGCAGAUGUGGAGACUUACCUUGCUAAAGGUUACCCAGCUAAUAAAUGUUGGAAGGUUAGUUGAUUCUUAUUUAAGCCAAGCAGGACAGUGGGUACUGAAGACUACCAUGAAGGGUUUCACAAAGUUGUCAUCCUGGAUCCCACGGUAUCACACUGGGGAGCACAUUUCAUGGCCAGCACGAUUUAAUGGUGGACUUGUAGACGUGGGUCUGCCACCUUGGUGUCGCCCCCAAGGAACAGGUACAGUGGGACACUUCAGUCUAGCUCAGGACCUCACUGACCUGAGCACUGCAGCAGGACGGCCUUCUGGCCCCUCACGGUUAACUUCUCAGCGGCAGUUCUGCUCAUGGUCUGUCCCCCAGCACGUGUGACGGGCGAUAGCUGGUCACCCUACAGGUGCCGUCUGCAAGUGGGACCUGGGUGUAGGGCGUGUUGAAAUAAAUUUCUAGGCCCAGGAUGGUGCCACUGCUGCCUGAGGUGCCAUGUCAGCAAACCAAAGCCCGGUGUCCCUGUAAAUGCUCUGCUUGACCGGAAACGCAGCACAUCCAGCCAGUCAGUCUGCAAACACCAGGUCAGCUCUGGGCUCUAUAUUUUCAUUUCUUCUCACCCCAAACAAGCUUGACUCUGUGGCCCCAGUUAGUCAGGUAUUUUUUAUUUUUCUCUUCCUUGCCCUUUUCCUGGAAAAACUUACUGCUUUCUGCCCCAUUUUUCAGUUUUCUAAGUGGAGACCGUCUGCUUCAUGAAGUGUUAAAGUUUGUAUCACCGAACCCUGACUGGUGUAGUUCAGUUGCAGUGUCAGCCCAUGGACCAAAAGGUUGCAGGUUUGAUCCCUGGUUGGGGCGCAUAUGAGAAGGCAACCGAUCGAUGUUUCUGUCUCUCUCUCCCACUUCCUCUCUCUCUAAAAGCAAUGAAAAGAUGCCCUCUGGUGAGGAUUAAAAAAUUGUUUGUACCACUGAAUUUAAUAAUUUUUUUAACAGGAGUGUCCCACAUUUGGGAGGGAUCAGAGGGCUCGGGAGAGAACGGGCAGGAACAAAUGCCGAAUCAGCAGGUGGUGACGGCCCUCCGACCUCACAGCAGGCCAGCCCCCUACCCGGAGAACUGGUGUUCUGCAUAGUGUUUAAACAUCAACUUGUACAGGAAUGAUGAAACUUAUUUUUACAUACUUAAAGUUCUAAAAAUUGUGUCAUAUUACAGGUGCAGGUGGAAGAAAAACAGAUACAAGCUAAACAUAGUAAAGCCAGACUUUACCUUUAGUUUUUUGGAUAUGUUAAUAUUUAUUACAAUGGCUUGGUAGUUCGAUAUUCAGUAUUGUGAUCCCUCCAACUUUGUUCUUCUGUCUCAAGAUUGCUGAGGCUCUUUGGGGUCUUUUCUGGUUCCAUAUGAAUUUUCGGAACAUUUGUUCUAGAUCUGUAAAAUAUGCCAUUGGUGUUUUAAUAGGAGUUGCAUUGAAUCUAUAGAUUGCUUUGGGUAGUGUGGACAAUUUAAUGAUUUUAAUUCUUCCAGUCCAUGAAUACAGUAUAUACUUCCACUUGUUUGUGUCUUCCUCUCUCUCUUUCUUCAAUAUCCUUCAGUUUUCUGAGUACAGGUCUUUCCCUCCUUAGUUAAGUUUAUUCCUAGGUACCUGAUUUUUGUUGUUGUAUUGAUAAAUAGGAUUGUUUUUUUUAAGUUUCUCUUUCUAAGAGUUCAUUAUUGCUGUAUAAAAGUGCCUUUGAUUUCUGGAUAUUAAUUUUGUAUACUGCUCUUUGCCAAAUUCAUUUACUGAAUGUAGUAGUUUUUUGGUGGAGU